AUGGAGACUGUGAAACUCAGAAUACCUGCGAGCAAAGUGCGCCAUGCAUCGCGACCGCUGAAGAGGAAGAGGCCUACCACUAUUUCCUCCUUUCGAUGCAACAGCGUGUCUCAACUUGAUGUCGAGGACUGUCAAAGCGGCUCAAACGGCGAAGCAAAUAUGUUAGGAUGGAGACCCGUUCCAAGAACAAACGUUCAUUCUUCGUUUCACGAUGCGGCAGUUCUUUCCUUUGAGGAGAUUGAAGGGGUGGAGGUCCAAUACGAGACAGCAGAAGCGGGCAAGAUCGUUAAGUUAGUUCAGAAAAAUCCCCCAGAUAAUGCACCUGAUGGAGAUAUCACUUCUCCUCCGAAGAAAGCGCGCAUCCAUGCACCAUUGCCACAGGUGACUUCCGAAAGCAUUCUUACCGCUGGCUUUGAUGCUAAGAGAUUCUUGCCAAAUUGGGAUUCCGUCCCAGUCAGCUCUUCAAUUAAACUUUGCCUUCAUCAAGCCGGCUUCACAACCCCAACUCCGAUUCAAUUAAGCGCGAUUCCAUUGGCAUUGCUGGGGAGGGAUGUCGUUGGCAUAGCACAAACUGGAUCAGGAAAGACUCUGGCGUACUCGCUUUCGAUCAUUCAUCGGAUCUUGGAGCAACUUGCGAGUCGGUUUAAGGAGGAUCCCAAUGUUUUGAAUGAUACUGCGGUUCGAAGAAACGUCAAAGCACUCAUACUGGCCCCAACCCGGGAAUUGACGUUCCAAAUAGCAGAUCACAUCCGAGCUGUCGUGCCCACUCCGGACAGACCUGAUACUGAAGGCUCGAGAGAGACGAGGAGACCCCCUCCGUGGAUAUCUGUUGGCGCAAUUGUGGGAGGAAUGGCGGCACAGAAGCAGCGGCGACUUUUGUUCGAGAAGGGUGUUGACAUCCUAAUCGCCACUCCAGGUCGGUUGUGGGACCUCAUUCAAGAGAACGAUGACCUUGCUCUUCAAAUCAGGACAAGUCUCCAAUUUCUUGUUCUCGAUGAAGCAGAUCGAAUGAUCGAAGCUGGCCAUUUCCAUGAGUUGGAAAACAUCGUCAAGCUCACUGUGAGAUCUGAUGAUAAGGAGGAGGCCACCGACGUGAAUGAAUCACUCGAGCAUGAGGCCGGCUUGCUACCAGCAUCAUCCGCGAUUGCGGCAAGUCAUUCAUUGCAGACAUUCGUGUUCUCUGCCACGAUGAGUAAGGAGUUCCAGGGGAAUCUUAAAAAAAGGAACAAGUCAGGUUCCAAGAAGCACGGUGAAAAGUCGACACUGGAUGACCUCGUAUUACUUUUGGACUUCCGUGAUAGGGAAGGACAGCCGGAGGUUGUUGAUUUGAGUCCAAAAGGGAAUUUAGUUGCAGAGCUUCACGAAAGUAGGAUUGAAUGCUUAGUGAAAGAUAAGGCAAGUCUUGGCCUUGCUGUUACAGUCCCCUUUGCCCUUAGUGUCGACGAUAUUUACCUCUAUUAUUUCCUUCUACGAUAUCCUGGGAGAACCCUGAUAUUCGCAUCAUCAAUUGAUACCAUCCGAAGACUCCUCCCUUUCCUUGAGCUUCUACGGUUAAAUGUGUACCCUCUGCAUUCCGGAUUGCAACAGAGGCAGCGGCUGAAGAACCUUGAGCGGUUUAAACGCAAUGAGCGCGCUGUUCUCAUAUCAACGGAUCUUGCAGCUCGCGGCCUCGACGUGCAGAACAUAGACCACGUUGUACAUUACCAGCUUCCCCGAUCCGCCGACGUCUACCUGCACCGAAAUGGGCGAACAGCCCGGGCACACAGAGAAGGAUUUGCAUUAUUGAUGUGCUCCCCGGAUGAGCGGGGUGUUUACGAAGCUAUGUUUGGGAAAAAGAAACAAGAAAAAAAUGGGAUUUUGAACAGAACCUCCGAGGUUCCGAUGCUUUCCGUUGAUCGUAUCAUCCUGAACAAGCUGCGAGAACGUGUUUCCCUGGCAAAGGAGAUUGAUCGUGUACAGCAUUCGGUCAAAAAGGGCGAUCACGAGAGAAAAUGGAUGAGAGAAAUGGCGGAGGCGCUGGAAGUUGAACUUAGUGACGAUGACAAAAAAAUCGACGAAGGUUCGCCCUCGCGAAAAGGCCAAGUAACAUCGGAGGAGCUGGCAUCCAUGAAAGAUCGGCUGCAAUCCCUGUUAGCGAAACCGAUCGUUGCGCCAGGGCUUUCUUUGCGGUAUCUGACUGCAGGGAAAGAGGCCAAUUUCAGUGGGGGCCACACAUCACUCAUUGAAGAGAUAAUGAAGGGAACCAGUCACCAAGAAAUGAUAGGGGUGAAGAAAAGUGAUGCAAAAAUGGAUGUUGUACAUUCCAAACCAAGAAAGGAUUGA